AGUUUCCCGGCGUGCUUCGGGCCCGCCAAAUGGGAGGGGGAGACGCAAGAUGGCGGCAGCCGCAAACUCCGGCUCCAGCCUCCCGCUGUUCGACUGCCCGACCUGGGCAGGUAAACCCCCACCUGGUUUACAUCUGGAUGUAGUCAAAGGAGACAAACUAAUUGAGAAACUGAUUAUUGAUGAGAAGAAGUAUUACUUAUUUGGGAGAAACCCUGAUUUGUGUGACUUUACCAUUGACCACCAGUCUUGCUCUCGGGUCCACGCUGCCUUGGUCUACCACAAGCAUCUGAAGAGAGUUUUCCUAAUAGAUCUCAACAGUACACACGGCACUUUCUUGGGUCACAUUCGGUUGGAGCCUCACAAGCCUCAGCAAAUUCCCAUCGACUCCACGGUCUCAUUUGGCGCAUCCACAAGAGCGUACACUCUACGUGAGAAGCCUCAAACAUUGCCAUCGGCUGUGAAAGGAGAUGAGAAGAUGGGUGGAGAGGAUGAUGAACUCAAGGGCUUACUGGGGCUUCCAGAGGAGGAAACCGAGCUUGAUAACCUGACAGAGUUCAACACUGCCCACAACAAGCGGAUUUCCACCCUCACCAUAGAGGAGGGGAAUCUGGACAUUCAGAGACCAAAGAGAAAGAGGAAGAACUCACGGGUGACUUUCAGUGAGGAUGAUGAGAUCAUCAACCCAGAGGAUGUGGACCCCUCCGUUGGUCGCUUCCGGAACAUGGUACAGACAGCAGUGGUCCCGGUCAAGAAGAAGCGGGUGGAGGGCCCUGGCUCCCUGGGCCUGGAGGAAACGGGGGCCCGGCGCAUGCAGAACUUUGCAUUCAGUGGAGGACUCUACGGGGGCCUGCCCCCCACGCACAGUGAAGCCGGCUCCCAGCCUCAUGGCAUCCACGGGACAGCACUGAUUGGUGGCUUACCCAUGCCAUACCCCAACCUUGCCCCGGACGUGGACUUGACUCCCGUCGUGCCAUCAGCAGUGAACAUGAACCCUGCACCAAACCCCGCAGUCUACAACCCCGAAGCUGUCAACGAACCCAAAAAGAAGAAAUAUGCAAAAGAAGCUUGGCCGGGCAAGAAGCCCACGCCAUCCUUACUGAUUUGAUAUUUUUGGUCAUGGAGAAGGGUGGGAUGGGGUGGGAUUGGGGUGAAGGGUAAUGGGGGAGUUAAUGAACUAGGGAGAAAAACUUUCCAUGUGUGCAGUAUCGUCUUUCAGACGUCUCCUGGGGUCCUAACCAUGUACUAUUAAAACGGGGGGUGGGUUGAAAUAUCCUGUGAAGACCUGUCUUCAGGACACUUUCAGCGUGGAGAAGUGUUUCACGUUUUCCUUUCAAGAGACUGCCCUGGCUCUUCCCCGGGCUUUCCAUUACCUCUUCUUUCUCUUCUCCCUCUUUCUAUUUCUAGGAUAACUUUUAUUUAAAAUCACACACCCUAAGGAAAGAUUCCAGGCUUUCAAGGUUGAAACCAGAGCUUUGGAGGCAUCACAUCUCCUGCCUAAUUUAUAUUUACUGUCCCUACAAGUUCCAGGUAGCAAAAGGGUUCCCACAGAUCUCAGGUUGGCUUAGAAUUCUUCAGUUAAACUAAGGUUUAAACUCAAAAAUGUUUUCCUGGGUCAGUGGUUUGGAGGUCCAGUGGUUAGACACUCUCCUGUCCUUUCUGUUGGACUGGGAACAUUUUGAUUUUCCUCUGUCUGUGACCAGUGCCAUAGACACAGGUUGAUGCUUUUAAACUUAAGUAUUGUUUGAAUCUUGCCUGUUCUUGUCAGAUCUGAGUCCUCUACUUGCCUAAGUUCCUCAUCUGAUUCCAGACUACUUAUCCUCUACUCCAAAACGUUACUUUUCUUCUCAAGUGUGCUGUGAAGGCAUUUUUUAAAGGAUAUGGCCAGUUAGAGAAUUUCAUUUAAAAGGGAAACGAGUUUACUUUGCAAGUGACCGCCGUCUCUAAGAGGACCUCUUUAGUUGUUGGCGUGGAGGCUCUUCCCCCUCGACAGAGCUCUCGUGAUCUAGAACUCCAGGUAGACCUGGCUAACAGCACAGGAGACCAAGGUAGGAAACAUCGACAUGAGAUUUGUACAGAGAUUUGUACAUUUGUGUAAUAGGCCUUUUCAAGCUUUAUGUGUAGCUUUUUACCUGUAACCUUUAUUACACUGUAAAUUAAAUGUAACUUUUGUCAUUUG